GAGCUUUUCGAUGUGACCCCACAAAUGGCACGAUGACAUCUACAGAGCUUCCAAGCAUCAUAUUUUUAUAAGAUACAAUGAACAACAUUUACCAGGCCUCGUGGAGGUCGCUACGAGCCAGCACGACAUCGCAAUGGGCAUGCGCAUCAUGCCGUCGAGCCCUGGCCCGGGCAAAACCAUCAGCCCCACGUAGAACCGUAACGAAUAGCGCGACGAAGAUGAAGCCGCAGACUACGGGCGCAGCCGAUGCUCCGUCGAUGGAACGGAUGGCGGAAUAUUACAGAUAUAAGAACCGGACGACGAUGUAUUAUACGCUCAGCAUAAUCCUCGGUACCGUCGCUUUCUCCUACGGGUCGGUUCCCAUGUAUAAGAUGAUCUGCCAAACGACAGGCUGGGGCGGGCAACCGAUCCGCGCGCCGGGCCACGGCGGCUCCUCGAGCGACGGCGACUUCGACCCGGCGUCGCGCGUGAUCCCCGUGACCGACGCGCGGCGCAUACGCGUGACCUUCAACGCGUCGGUGUCGGACAUCCUGCCGUGGAAGUUCGUGCCGCAGCAGCGCGAGGUGCGGGUGCUGCCGGGCGAGACCGCGCUCGCCUUCUACACGGCGACGAACCGGAGCGACUCCGACAUCAUCGGCGUCGCCACCUACAGCGUCACCCCGGCCCAGGUCGCGCCCUACUUCAGCAAGAUCCAGUGCUUCUGCUUCGAGGAGCAGCGCCUCAACGCCGGCGAGACCGUCGACAUGCCCGUGUUUUUCUACCUCGACCCGGACCUGCUGAAUGAUCUGAACAUGCGCGGGAUUAAUGAGGUUACGUUGAGUUAUACGUUUUUUAAGGCGAAGUACGAUAAUAAUGGGAACUUUAAGGGGUUCCCGACGGCGUAGAUAUUAUGUAUAGGUAUCACUAUACAAGAUUUUGGAAUUGUAUAUAUUGCUUCUCACCAACUCUUGCCGUAUAUCAUGUACGGUCCUCAUGACCAUUCAUCCCCCUCGGCGAAUGGCCGGGGGAAUGGAUCCGGUCUUACAAGCACGCUCUUGGUCCUAUCCAGACGUUUUGAAAGAGGUGCCUGCCGAGUAAUAUGAUUCUCGUUUUUAGUACCAUCUUCUCAUGCUUCAUUACCGUCGUUGGGUUCAUCGUAACUCUUUAGACAUGGAGCCUUUAGCUCUCUUCGUCUCCUAAUUUAAAGGUAGAGAGAUAACCUGAGGCGGGUCAUGAGAAGCUCUUAUGAAGCUACGCAUGGGAUUGAUCCGGAGCCACAUGUAUUAUCCGGCCAUUCUUAUUAUAUAUCCAAUAUCUAGAACUGGCCCUGGGUUGGGUAGCAGCUUGCCCGUUAUGAUAUCUUGCCCAGCCUAGCUAUGAGAAGAAUCUAUCACAGUUUAAUUUCAAAUAAUAGAGCAAAAAGCACAUGAAAUUAACUAGAUGCCACCUAUUCC